AUGGUGUCGCCCAUGCCCCCGGCUCCGACGCCCCCCGGAGGCAGCGCGCCUUCAAACGGCGAUCGCACCACCAACUUGUUGAACUUGCUCAAGUUCAGUGGUGCCGGAGGUGGUGGCCAAGCUUCGCAGUCACAGUCGCAGUCGCAGUCUCAGCCUCAGCCUCGCCAGGACCCUCCGAGCUACCAGCAGCAUCAGCAGCAUGCCUCGCAGUCUUCCCAGCAGUCUCAGCAGAUCCAGCACCAGCAUCAGCCGGAUCAGUACCAGCAGUCGCCUCAGCAGCACCACCAGCAGCUGCAACAGCAGACGAUGCCUUCGUCCAUCCCGACCCAGAUCGUUGCACCGGCUCGCGCCCCCGCCGACCCGACCGGUCUGCUCGCCGCUCUGAUGAAAGGAGCACACGAUGGCGAAGAAUCGCGACCGGAGCCUUCCCAGAACGGCUCCUUCGCGAACUUCGGCGCCGCCGCAUCGCCCCCCGAUGACACCCGCGCCUACCUGCUGAAUCUGCUGAACCGCCCCAAGCCUAGCCAGAACGACAUGCUCUUGAUCGAGUCGACUCGUUCUCCUCUGCCUCAGGGCGGUGAAAACAUUCUCCAGAGAGUCCUCGCCGAGGCUGGACAAGCUCCCCCCAGCCUGUCGCACCUGCCCUCAAAUUCCUCCUUCGAAUACGACCCCAACACCUACGCCCAAUCCAGUGGCAAUUUCAGCACCUAUUCCUAUCCUUCGACGCAGGAGGCCAAUCUGCCGCCUGUUCACUCGCAGCAGCAGCAGCCUCAACACCAGCAGCAGCAAUAUGGCUACAACAAUGCCAGCAGCAGCUUCGAUGAGCCUCACAUCACUUCGCCACAGAACCGCACCCCCAAGUCUGGUUCCAUCUCGGGUAUCGCCCCACCUCAUUCUGCUGGCCAGUCACCUGCAGGCCCGGCUUUCCAGAUCCUGAAAAAGACCCACGACUCUCCGAGCUCUCAUCACGGAAGCGAAUCCAAGCGUAUCAACAACGAGCGCAGCCCUCUCGCCUCCCCCGAGCGUGCCCGCCACAACCUUGGCCACGGUUCUUCCCCCGCCGAUAAACUUGCUAACCCCACCCCCGGCUCAACUGCCUCGUUUGCAAGCAUUCCCGCCGCGGAGAAGAACAAAGAGACCGUGUCGGAAGCUGUUCACGACAUCGCCGAGCAGGCAGAUUUCGAGGCUCAGCAGGCUCUGGCCCGCGCUGAGGAAGAGCAGUCGCGGCCCGAGUACCUGCAGGAUCUGGAAGACAUGGACACCGCCCGGACUGAGAGAGAGUUCGAGGCGAGCGCCCACCAUGCUGCCCAGGCCAUCAAGAAGGAGCUGGACCGCGAGGAGAACAGACAUCUCCUCGAGAAGGUCGUCUCUGCCGAGGUCGCCGAAGAGGUUCGCGAGAUUGUCGAGGAGGCUGCUGCGCACGCCGUCGCCGACAGCUGGGAGAGCGCCGACCAGGAUGAGAUCGUGGUGAUUGAGGAGGAAACUCCCUCGCCCGUCAAGGUCUUCAACUUUCCCAUGAAGCCUUGGAUCUCAAUUGGCCUGCAGGAUGGUGCCACCGAGCCCCGUCCCCAGUUCCGCGACGAGGCCAUCAUGGACAUUGCUCGUCUCAAGAAGGAAUUCGACCAGAUCGAUCGCAACCUGUACACCGCGACGGAGAGCUACAUGGCCUACGGUAUGUCCAAGGCCGGAGGUCUCCGUGUCAUCCGACAGGACGACGGCAAGGAUGCAAAGAUCUUUACCGACACCAAGGAUCGCAUCUUCAACGUCGCCAUGUCGGUUACGCCCGCUGACCACAGUGGCACUCACCGCGAGGCCAUCAUCGGUACUGGCAUUAGCGGCACCGUCUACUGGGUUCAGAUCAAGAGUGGCGAGAAGGACCACAUUGAAGACGCCCACCCCGAGCAGUAUGGCUUUGCUCUCCCCCCCAUGGCUUCCCACGAAGGUGGUGACGCCCCUGGUGGUGUCCUCAAGACCCGCGCCCGCACCUCGACCAUCCACCCUGAGUUCUUCGCUGUUGGCCGCGGCAAGUCGAUCAACAUCAUCUGGCCCACCUACAUCAUGCAGAACAACCUCUUCAAGCCUGGUCAUGACCGCGUCGUUGACACAGAGAAGCUGGCCAAGCAAUGCUCGUUGAAGAUCAAUACCGGUAAGGCCGGUAAAGACUUCACGUUCAGUCAGGAUGACAGCGUGAUAGUGUCUCUUGACAAGUCUGGUCGCGUCAAGUUCUGGGACGUUCGCGACCUCACUGCCGCUGAGGAGGGUAGCGACGCGCGUUGGCCCUUGCCCGCGCAUACCUCGCUCGAGAUCAAGGAGCCUCUCAUGACUCUGACUAGCACUCCCGAGGGUGAGAAGGCGUGGCCUACCUCGGUUCUCUUGGUCGAUAAGCUCCGCCCCUACCAGAAGCGUUGCGCCCUGCGCUACAUGAUCAUCGGCAUGAAGCAGAACCACACCCUGCAGCUUUGGGAUCUUGCUCUCGGUAAGCCGGUCCAGGAGUUCAACCUGCCGCACAGCAAGGAGUCAGACGCUGUCUGCAGUGUCAUGUACCACCCUCCCACUGGCAUGCUGGUCAUUGGCCAUCCGACCCGCAACUCGAUCUACUUUGCGCAUCUUUCGGCUCCUAAGUACAACCUCAAGAGCGUGUCGCAGGUUGAGUACAUUCAGCGCCUGGUGGCCCAAGAUGCCUCCAUCCCGCAACCCGACUCUACUGCUGUUAUUAGUGGCGUGCGUGAGUACUCGUUUGCGAACCGGGGCAUUCUUCGCAGUCUCGACAUUUUGUGCAACCCUGCCAUGAGCCAAGAGACCGACGAGCCGACUCUUUUCGAGCUCUACGCCAUGCACUCCAAGGGUGUUGCCUGCCUUCUCAUCAAGCAGGCUGAACUCGGAUGGUCCAAAGACAACAAGGUCCUGGCUCCCGUUGAUGCUGUUGAAGCCGGUGUUGUCACCAUCUCCAAGCUUAAGCCUCCUGCCGCUCAGCCCGCCGAGCCUUCCCACCAAAACAACGACGGUGGUCAUCCUUCGGCCCGUAACAUUGCCAAGGAAUCUCUGCUCCAGACCACGCCUUCCCAGGACGAUGGUACCCCCCGCCGCGGCCCCGAAUCCGUUACCCCAGUCAAGAUCGCGAAGGCCGAGGCCAAGGACGAGGAGACGCCGGCUCCUGUGCCGCCUGUGAAGGAAGAGAAGCAGGAACGCAAGCGCCGUAAGAAGAAGGCCGCUGCCGCCGCGGCGGCUGCUGCUGCUGCCGCCUCUACAGACCCGCAAUCCAACGGAUCUCCUCGCGUCGGUUCUUCCAACAACAACUCGAAGGACAAGCAGCAGCAAUCUUCCAACGCCAUCACGCAAGAGUCGGUUGAAUCUGCAAUCAGCAGCAUGGAGUCUCGUCUGCAGAACAGUCUCAACGGUCUUCUCAACACAUCCUUCAAGACCCUGCACAACCGCAUUGAGGAUGGCCUUCGUGCUCGCGAAGCUGACUUCACCGAGCGCCAGAGUCAACUCCUCAACAUGGUGUCUGACGUCCUGAACGAGAACACCCAGAAGGUGCUCCACGCUCUCAUCAACGAGCAGUUCAGCACUGCCGUCAUUCCUGCCAUUUCCGAUGUCGCCUCCAAGGCGGUAUCUGACCAAUUCUCCAAGAGCAUGAAUGCUCAGGUCUCCCACUCUGUUCAGAAGGAGAUUCACAAGGCCCUUCCUUCCGCGACCCAGCACGCGCUGCAAAACGGCGACUUUGUGAAGGCCAUCUCUGACAGGGUCGGAUCGACCGUCGCAGCUAAUGUUCAGCAGGAGGUUGUCAACACGUUGACCGCCCGCCUUGGCCCGUCCUUCACCAACAUGGCUGUCCAGGCUUGCCAACGCGUCGCUGGCGAGCUUCAGAAGCAGCACCGCACCGAGAUGGAGGCCAUCAACGCCCAGCGCCUUGCCGAGACUAAGAAGAUUGACCAGCUCACCAACGUGGUCACUCAGCUCAUGGGCACGGUCUCCAGCAUGGCGGCUACUCAGGAACAGUACCAGAACGAGUUUGUCAAGCUCCAGCAGCACAUCGUAUCUCAGCAGCAGAUCAUUCGCGCCCAGGCCCAGGCCCAGCAGCAACAGCAACAGCAACAGCAACAGCAACAGCAGGCCCAGCAGCAGCAGGCCCAGCAGCAGGCGCAGGUGCCCCAUCACCACGCCGCUCCAUCGUACGCUCCAUCUGUCGUUAGCCAGGUUCCAAGCCAGGCCCACAGCCAAGCUCAUAGCCAAGCUCAAAGCCAGGUCUACAGCAACGUCCAAAGCCCCGACCGCGCCUCGCACCAGUCCAUGGGCUACGGUCACUCGCAGGCCUUGACUGUUGCGAAGCCUGAUUCUGGAUAUGACGCGGACCUGCAGGCUCGCAUUGCUGUUGUCAACCAGUCAAUGAAGGAAGGCAGAGCUGAGGAGGCUGUUGUCCGCUGGAUGCAGUCUGGCCGCGAGCAGGAGGUGUUUGAGAAGUACAUGUCGAAGUAUAGUCCCGAGUUUGUCCGCAACUUGCCUCACUUGGUUCUCUUGACGGUGACUGCCACCGUCAGCUUGAAUCUUGAGUCAUGCACUCGCGAGAGAAUUGCCUGGCUUGAGAUGGUUGUUCACAGCCUGCAGGUAUCUCUUGGCAACAUGGAUGAGGAUGCCCGCGCAGUUACACCUAAGAUUAUGGGUAUGCUGGUGGCUCGUGUGGAGCAGCUCUUCGUUCGCAUCAGCAGCAGUGCCGGCAAUGACCCGGUGCUCAAGAACUUGUCGCAGAUCAUCAACAACGCCAAGCGCGUCAUGGACGCUUGCCAAGACGAGCCUCACUACGCUUAA